GGAAAUUUGGACUCGGCAAUCUUGCACUGCACGGCAUGCAACAAGCAGAUCGGUGUCGAUGGUAGCAUGGACUAUCACAGACACCCUGUACUCAAAGUCCUCAUCUGCAGGAAAUGUUACUACUGGUACACGAGUGCGGAGGUAGACCAGGACUCGGAGGGCACCGACGAGCAAUGCCGGUGGUGCAGACAGGGUGGCGACCUCAUCUGCUGCGACUUCUGCCACAACUCAUUCUGCAAGGGCUGCAUCAGGAGAAACCUAGGCCGGAAGGAACUGAACUCCAUUCUCGAUAGUGAUGAAUGCAGCAAAUGGAAAUGUUACGUUUGCAACCCGAAGCCUCUGCUCAGUCUUAUCGAGCAUUGCUCCGCUGUGAUGGAGGCCCUCACAAAACUUGAGAAGAAACAACAGGAACUGGAACUGAAACGAACGAAACGAUAUCACAUCAAAUCUUCAACCGUUGCAUCAUCCACUGGGAACACAUCAUUCACAUUGCCGUCAGCUAAUUCUGCUGCAAUGGUAUGUAAUGGUAGCGUAAGUGGUGUAGCUGAUAAAUCACAAACUCGUUCAGGGUCCUCUCGUGUGGUGGUUAAUAACAACACUUCUGCUGCUACUACUACUAGUAACAGCAGUAGAUUGAGUGCAGGUAGUAAUGGAUAUUUUGGAAUAAUGCCUAAUUCAACUCUUCAGGUGAGACUGAGCAAACCACCACAACAAUCUGUGAAUGCUCACAGCCUUCAUCAGCAG